AUGACAAUGUGCCGGGAUAAUGGCCUCGAAGGGACGACCGUGCACUCAGAGGAUGAAAAUCAGCACCUUUCCUUGACCCGCAAUCCAACCUGGAGUUACAACAACACCAACUACUAUUUGAUUACCCCCACGUGCGUCUCCGGCUCAGCCUGCACGCUGACCUGUACCCAAAAUAAGCUCCAACUAACGACGAUUCAUUCCGCGAAAGAGCAAGCCAAGCUUUCACAAAAAAUCGCUCAACUCGCCAAAUGCGCAAGUGUGAUGAUUGGCAUGGCCAAUGUAAUUGCAGGGACAAGAUAUCGAAACAUAUGGAGGGACGGCUCAGCGGUUGAUUAUACAUAUUGGGCCAAUGGGGAGCCCUCCUACAUCAUCCCACAUGAAUACACGACGAAAAUUGUCCCUGAGAACUGCACGGUGAUGGCGAAAGAUGGCAGAUGGAACGACGUGAUUUGCCCAGCCACCGAUCCAACCACCAUGGGCGCCUGCGUUUGUAUGAAACGGUGU